CCUUGACACUCACAGUUGUAUGCUUCACACUUUCUAAAAACCGCAAUUGAAAAGCAUAUCGCACAAAUAUCUCAGGGGGUAUUCUUGGCAUGCUAAUGAACCUCUGAGCAUGGCGCCCAAGAAAUCUCAUCUUGAUCUACUGAAGGAGUGCGACUCAUUCCCGUACCCCUCCACAGACCCCGUGCUUUAUAGUCAGCACAUCGGGACAUAUUAUCACCUCCGUGUGGCCGCAUAUCCAGACGUUACGCUUGGGUUUCUUUUACCAUCAGUAGCAUUAACACUUCGUGGCCUCCCUGAUUGGGAAGUUUCCGAGGAAGAUGCGCAGCCUCGAACCAUUACUCUGAUCAAUGGCACAAACGAACAGGAGAGAAGUGCGAUUGUCGCAAAGACUGUGACUGCAAUGAGGCAGACGGGACAUUGGAAAGUCCUUGAAAAGUGGCGGAACGAGCUGUACGCAGUGUAUGGGCCUGAUGGCGAUAUGGCUUUCGCGAUCGAGCGUUCUGCGAGCCCGCUCUUCGGCGUUGUUACCUACGGCGUCCACUUGACAUGCUACACGCGCGAUGUGGACAGUGGAGCUAUGAAGAUAUGGAUUCCGCGACGGGCCAAGAACAAGCAAACGUACCCGUCUAUGCUGGAUAAUUCCGUCGCCGGAGGCAUCGCGGCUGGAGAGGAGCCAUUUGAAUGUCUUGUCAGAGAAGCCAUGGAGGAGGCGAGCUUACCCGAAGCGAUCUCACGGAAGGCGAAGGCUGCGGGCUGUGUCACAUACUUUUAUAUCAGAGAUGAACGAGCUGGUGGAGAAACAGGGCUGCUGCAGCCUGAAUGCCAGUACAUAUAUGACCUAGACUUGACCGGCGCGAAAGACGAGCAUGGUGACGGCGUGGUAUGCAAGCCGAACGACGAAGAGGUAGAAGCCUUUGAGCUGCUCGAUGUAGAACAGGUAAUUACUGCGUUGGGAAACGGCGAAUUCAAGCCCAACUGUGCGCUCGUUAUGAUCGAGUUUUUGGUACGACACGGAUACAUUACGAAGGAAAACGAGAGGAACUAUGCUGAAAUUGUGACUCGAUGUCAUAGGAGGCUGGAAUUUCCGAUGGGCUGAAAGAUUUCUGAAGGAAAGGGAUAGAGUAGAACACCCCAUCUCUUUUUCAUUUGCGUAUCUCUGUUUGCACUGACACCGGUGCUGUUCGCAAGCAAGUUUGAUGGCUGUUUUCCAUGGAUACUGCUUCUGUGUAGAAAAGCAUCAAACAGCUCCAACACAUUGCUCUUGAAUAGGUAGACAUCUGCGUAUCCUAGAUUGCGUCUAUUCAAUGACAAUAGCUUCUCUCGCGCCAA